AUGACGACUUCGCAGAAGCAUAAGGAUUUCGUCUCCGAGACCAUGGGAGAGAAGGAUAUCACAGAUGUGGCUGGAAUUGGUGAGGCUUAUGGAAAAAAGCUCGCGGAGAAGGUAAUUUUUGUUAUUUGUCUUGGAAAUUUUAGUCGGCAGUUGUCAAAUGUGUAUCACAGCUCUAAACCAUCUCAUUUCAGGGCUUCGACAAAGCUUAUGUUCUCCUUGGCCAAUUUCUCCUGCUCCGGAAGGACGAAGAGUGCUUUGUUGAUUGGCUCAAAACAGAAUGCGGAUUUCAGGACCGUUUCGCCAAGGCAUGUUACAAUUGCCUCUCAGAAUGGUGUCAGUAUAACUUAUAA